AUGAUUUUAAAUAACUAUAACUAUGAUAUUACCUACAAACCGGGAAAAGAAAAUCAGACAGCUGAUGUUUUACCUAGGUUACCACUGAAGGAGAAAACGGAAACUACGAAGAAUGAAAAAAUUGGUUUGCCUAAAUAUGGACAUCUACUUCAUUUAAGAGUGAAAAAUAUGCCUAUGACACAGAAAGAAAUUCGGAUUCACAUCCAAAGGGAUGAAAUUUUACGACAACAGAUUCGAUAUAUUAAGAAACAUUGGCCAGACAAAGAUAGAGUGAAACCUGAUUUAAGAUCCUUUUAUGAAAAGAGAGAAGAAUUAUCGUGCGAGGAAGACCUAAUUUUGUGGAAGGGAAGAAAAUGUAUUCCCAAAAGCCUUCAAUACCCAACGCUCAAAAUGCUUCACGAUGGACAUCCAGGAAUAACCGCAAUGCAAUCAAUAGCGCGUUUACAUGUAUAUUGGCAAAACAUAGAUGCAGAUAUCGAAAAAUAUGUCCAAGGGUGUCAAACAUGUCAAAGUAGUAAACAAGAUACUCAACACUUACUCGGUCUAGAAUGGUCUAGAAUUCAUCUAGAUUUUGUAGGACCAUUCGAAGGGAAAAUGUGGAUGAUCAUUGUGGAUGCGUAUUCAAAAUGGAUUGAAUUUGAAGAAAUGAACAAUAUUACAACAGCGUCAACCAUCAAAGUGAUGAAAACUGUUUUUGCGCGAUUUGGAUGGCCGAAAACGUUAGUUACAGACAAUGGGCCUCAGUUAGUGUCAAGUGACUUUGAAGACUUUUGUAAAUCACAAGGUAUUAAACAUGUGAGAAUAACUCCUUACCAUCCAAAAUCAAAUGGACAAGCAGAAAGAGUAGUGAAAACCUUUAAAGACCGUUUAAACAGUAGUGACAAAAAUUUAAAUCUACAUGAUAGACUAUGUAAAUUCUUGAUGUCUUACCGAAAUACUCCACAACGAGAAACAGGAAGGACUCCCAGUGAAUUAAUGUUCGGUCGACCAGCAAGAAUUAUUUUUGACUAA